UCGAGCCUGGAAGGAUCCGCACCGCCAGGCAGCAGGCAGGACCGAAGCCAUUUUAUUAUUUUAGCAGCAGCAGAGCUGCAGGUGCACCGAGGAAAACAUUUUAAAACAACAGCAGUUUUCCUGUUGGCGCCAGCGACACGAUGGGACAGUGCGGGAUCACUUCGUCUAAAACCGUCCUGGUUUUCCUCAACCUGAUAUUUUGGGCUGCAGCUGGAAUUUUGUGCUACAUUGGAGCCUACGUGUUCAUCACAUAUGAUGACUAUGACCACUUCUUUGAAGACGUGUACACUUUGAUUCCUGCAGUUGUGAUCAUAGCUGUGGGGACGCUUCUGUUCAUCAUCGGCUUGAUUGGCUGCUGUGCAACAAUACGUGAAAGUUCCUGCGGCUUGGCAACGUUUGCUGCGAUUCUCCUGUUGGUGUUUGUGACGGAGUGUGUGGUGGUGGUUCUCGGCUACAUCUACAGGGCAAAGGUAGAAGAUGAGGUGAAUCACUCCAUCCAGAAGGUUUACAAUGAAUACAGCGGCGCCAACAGAGACGCUCCCAGCCGUGCGAUCGAUUACGUGCAGAGGCAGCUGCACUGCUGUGGUAUUCACAACUACUCCGACUGGAGGAACACACGCUGGUUUAAAGAAUCCAAGAACAACAGUGUCCCAGUCAGCUGCUGUCAGCCCAACAUCAGCAACUGCACAGGCACCCUGACUCGACCCGCGGAUCUAUAUCAGGAGGGUUGUGAAGCUCUUGUUGUGAAGAAAUUAAAGGAGAUCAUGAUGUAUGUUAUAUGGGCUGCAUUGACUUUUGCAUCUAUACAGAUGCUGGGCAUGCUUUGCGCCUGCGUGGUUCUGUGCAGGAGGAGCCACGACCCGGCCUACGAGCUGCUCGUCACAACCAACAGCUACGCGUGAAGGACGCAGCCGCUCAGAAAAACAAACAAACAUGAGCAUCACCGGACAUGUUCACCGUAGAUUUCAGCUGUAGUUCAUAAAGCUAAAGCACAUCUUGCACAACUCAUUAAAAAACAAAAAAGAAAAAGUAGCGAACACUGACAAUGAGUUUUGGUUGAGCACGGUGCUCAGUGAGAAAAUCUCUUAUUUAUUGACAUGCUCUCUACGUUGCUGUUAUAUUUUAUUUUAUUUUAAAUACUGACCUACAUGUGAAAGCCAAAGCUGUAUACGGCUUAAUAAUAUUACAAUUGCUGAUUUCUUGUCUUUUAAUUGUUGGUUAAUGAAAUUUAUGUUCAUCCACAGUGAUGAUGAUGAUCAUGAAGU